UUUAUUAAAAAGAGCGGAUACGAUUUUGUGUCAAAGGUUAAAUUAUAGAAAGAAGCAUGGCGCUCCCCAUGAGCAAUGUUGUGCUAUUCUAUCAACGUCUGAAAAUUUGCUCUCUAUACCCAAAGGUACUGCUUCAAGAGCAGUCAUUUCCUUUUAUUGUUGUUCGCCAUGGAUCUGCAAAGGGACGGCUUCUAAAGAAGGAUAAGAAACGGAUUGAAGAGCGAGAAGAACACCGAAAAGACCCUUCAAAAAUGGUGAAGAGCUUGUUAAAGAAGGCAGGAAUGAAAAUGGGUCUCCCCGAUAACCACCGACCAAUCACAAUUACUUGUACAGGUGCUAUAUUUGAAGAAUACGUACCUCCCGAAGGGGAUGGGAAAGUGUCUGCAUUAUCCACUGAGGGAGCGAAGCAACGUCUAGAAAGAGUGAAAAAUGUUGGUGUUUCUCAGGUACAUAUCCGUAAAAUACGACGGCACGAGCCAGAAUUUAUGCCAGCUGAAUUUGCAUGGACAGGCCAACAAAUCUACACUGAAGCAAAUAAGGCUCUCCAAGAGUUCGACCGUGCAAAACUUCACAGACUUGUCACAGAAAAAUGCUAUCCCGAUAUGAUCUCAGGCUUCAGAUAUAAAACCAUUCGUUGGAAUUUGGUUGAAUCAAUAGAGAAACCAAAGGUUGUACAUAUCCGCACUACAGAUAUGCUUUCCAAGGGUAACUUGUAUGGACAAGUCACUGUGAGAAUGCACACUAAACAGACGCUUGCAAUUUACGAUCGUUUUGGAAGAUUAAUGAUUGGUAGCGAGACGAUUCCAAAAGACGUUCUUGAAUACAUAGUCUUUGAAAAACGCCUGGUUAAUGUAUACGGCGCAUGGCGUGUUCAUGGGAAAAUAAUUCCUAACUGGUUAGCACAUUCUCGUGAACCAAUUGUACGGACGCUCAUUGAAGAAGAAGAAGAAGAAAUAAGAGAAGAGGUCAACUCGGUGCAAGCAACAUGAAGUAUUUCAACAAGAAUUUAAGUUUGAAAUAGACAUUCAAGAGAGUAGUAUAAAUGAGUGUCAUUACUUGAUAAGGCAUUCACAUCUUUUUUGUUGUGACCUUCUUCACUUAUAGACACUUAAAGUUUGAUGGAAAUAGUUCAGGCUUCAUUUGAAGUUUGAUGACGAUGCUUUAUCGACCUACAGUAAUUAAAGAUAUUUCUGUUUACAUUUUUACAUCAGUAUAGAGUACAACACUCGUGUCGUCACUACACCAUGUGCCGCCAUUUGUUGUCAACUAGACGUUGGUUACGCCUGCAUGACUUCAUAAUCUUAAUGGUUUAGAAUAGGCUUUCUGGAAAAGGCAUUUUAAAACCCAGUAAUUUACCAUCAAAAUGUACUAAAACACAAAAGCUCGCAUUAUAUUAGUUAUCAAAUGCAUAUUUAAUCAUCAAUUAAAAUUUACAAAAAAAAAAAUAAAGAUACAACAUCUAAAUAAUUACGUUAGAAAUUGAGAUCAAUGGUUUGUCAGUGGAGACAGUGGAUCCAGUUGACCGCAUUUUAGGUUGCUGAUAGCAACGGAUUAGUAUCACUUGGUAUCGUGACAUAAAAGCGUAGUACUCUAUUUGCCAUUGGGAAUUUGGUGUGCAUCUACUCCUAAUGUCGCCUCAUACAGUUAAUUAAUGUUUCAUAAUGUCGUUUUGUAUAAGUAAUUGGGUAAAGUAAAAAGUAAUUGUUGAUUGUCCUGUUUCAUUGUAUAUUUAUACCUUACACAUUAGCUCUAGGUUUUACUUUCAAUUAACAUGGUCCCAAAGUGGGAGAACCAUUUUUGGAAGAUCUGGUUUACUGAGCUUUCUUAACACUUAACACAUCUAAUAAUUAAUUUGUUGCUUGUGGUGAUACUCAGGCCAGCUGACUUCAGGGAAGCAAUAUUAUAUUAGUAAAAAUGUGCUUGCUUGUGAAAGUGCGGAAGAAUGAGCCCAUUUCCAAAAAGCCCCUGCGACUAGUGGAAGACUUGGGGUCCCCUUUUGCAUGAAUAAAUUAUCUAACAUAAUAACUAAGAUUUUUUUGAAUCAAUGGAAUUUCUGUUGAAAUUACUUUUUUAUCAUUGUCAGGGGUACAACAUAAAAUGAUUUUGCAUAGACCGUUCAACUAGUAAGGGGAUGAUAAAAGUUGUUUUUUGCUGUAUGACCUAAUUUUGUUUUACAAUUCAUCUUUUUGAUUGAGGUAUUUUUUGUAAUGUCCUUCCACAAGGGAAAUUUAAAAAAAAUAAUAAAGUAAUGAAAUUGUUGAUGUAUUAAGAUUAA